AUGGGGUUAUCUCGAGGCAUCUUCAAGCUCGGCGUCUACACCUCGAUAGGCGCGGGAGAAUUCUGGUUCUUCACCAAGGACUCUGCCGUCCUCCCUCUCCCUUCAAACGACUAUGUCGCCCUCUCGGCGCACUUACGCAAAUACAACCCGUCCAAUAAUCCGAGCGUGCGUGACGUCUGUGUGAAGCGAGUUCCUCUUUCGUCCAUUGACGAGAUGCUCCGUUCGCAAGAUGGCAGACUAGUCGAUGCAUUCUGUGCCAGCGUCUGGGGAGGCCUGGGAUACACGGUUCAACGGGCCAUUCUUGCCCACAGAUACGAAAGGCCAGAGACUGCUCACCAGCUCUGGACCACUUCGCAGUUACGAUUAUCGACAUAUCCUACCGGGACUCAGGUGACGGACCACUUCGAGGUGCUCGAACAUACGCCAACACGGAUCGUCUUCCGCUGCGGCGACUCUCCCAUGAAGCAAGGGGUGAGGGAGAGCGACGGGCUAUUUGAGAUCUCCGCCACUGCAAAACCGGAACAAGGCAUUGCCGAGUUUGCUCUGAAAUCUGUACUCUUCCAGGGCCUAGGAACGACCAGCAAGUCUCCCAUGCCUUCAUAUGUCGAGUGGCUGCACAAGCAGUACGCCAAGCUGUGGAUGGAAACGGCGCUUCUCAGAAUACAGCGAUGA